AUUGUACCGUAAGAUUUUGGGUUGUUAAAAAAUCUUUCCUCAUUGAAUAUUCGAAACCCUUUAAUUCCAAAUCGUGGAAUUUUGGAGCGGGAAAGGAGAUAUAUGAGCGCAAUUGAAUUGGCGACAGCUAGGGCUCAAUUCACCAUGGCGGGCGCGGUAGAUGAUGGAUGGACAAUGGUGAUCGGACAACCCGCCAGUGAGAUACGGGAGGAAAAGCAAAUAGAAGAAUGGGAGCGCUCGAAAGGGGGCUGGUCUGGAUUUGGUAAACAUCCUCAAAACUGGACGGAUCAUAAGAAAUUGCACCUAUCGUCAGAAAAAGAAUUAGGCUCCGGAAGCUAUGGGCUUGUGCAGCGCGUUACAUAUGGUGCCGUUACCAUGGCCCGCAAACACGUGAUACCUCGAGGUGGAAUGACGGUCGAAAAGCUCCGGGAGGAAGCUAAUGCCAUGGAGGAAUUGGCGCAUAAACAUAUUUUGAAGCUGGUCGGCACAUAUACGUAUAAGCGCAAAAAUCUAUACCUACUUCUUUAUCCGGCGGCAACAUGCGAUCUGAGCAAUUUUCUCGAUGAUAUAGAAGGGAUUCGUUCCGAUACGUGUGCCGAUAGGGAUGAUGCGAUGAAACGACUUUUUGCUCUCGGACUCAAGGAUAUUGGAAAAAUUGACGAUUUGUGUAUGUUGAGACGACCAAUUCUCCCUUCAGAUCAUCCGACACAUAUUAAAAGGACAGAAACCGCACUGGGAUUCCUACAACAGCUUAUGGGAUGUGUUACAGAGGCAUUGUUAUACGUUCAUGAUAAAGGUAUUCGGCAUCGGGAUUUAAAGCCCAAGAAUAUUUUACUAAGUCCCGGUCGGGUAUACCUCGCCGACUUCGGUAUCGCGAGAGAUGUCAAAGAUUCGGACAAUAGCAUAACCUGUGGAAGAUAUGGUACUGCGUCUUGGAUAGCUCCGGAGGUUUAUGAUGGGGAGUAUCAUCAUAUGUCUAGUGCAGAUGUUUUUUCCCUGGGUUGUAUAUUCCUCAAUAUUGCGACGGUAUUAUAUGGAGAUUCAACUGAAUUAGCGACAUUUGACGAAGUAAUGAAGGAGAAGGAAUGGCCAAUGAAGUAUGAGAUGUUAUCUAAACAUCUUAAUAAAUUAAGGGACAAAGCAAUAAGAGCAGCAUUAGCAGACGAAGAAGAGCCCAACUUCGACGCCAAGAAUAUACUUGGUCUGGUGGAGAAAAUGUUGUUAUAUGAACCGGAACAGCGACCUUCAAUCAAAGAAGUUAACGAGAGAUUAUGUGAACUUGGAGGCUUAGAUCAAAUCUAUCAUUUAUCUUGCUGUCACAAAAAGAACGACAUCAUGUCUCGAUCAAUAAACACAAAAAUGAGAAGCAUCUCCGAAAAUAGUCUUUCCUCAAAAAGCCGAAUCUUGGAAUUAGAAACCGAAAACAUCACUCUUCGAGAACGUCUCGCAACUCUCCAAAAUAAAGAUCAAACCUACGAAUUACGAAUCGAACACGAACGCAACCACGCAAAGAAACAAAACGACGUUCUGAAAGAACGUUAUGAAAAGCAAUUAAAAGCACAAACCGAAGCCCUGAUGCGCGCAGAAGAACGCAUCAAAGUACUCGAAUCAAACAACCCGCACAAACGCCGACCAUCACACACCCGAGGUCGCGGUCGCAAUGUUCCCUACGGAACACCACAUCCAACCAAUACCCUCAAUAUCAACAAUCUCGCCUUCCACACCAACUCCAGCAUCUCCAUGCCAUCUCCAUCUCCAUCUCCCUCCCCCUCUUCCAAUCCGAACCGCAACCCCGCGCCCCGCACCCCAGAAAGUUAUUUCGCCCCCCGUAACCCCAGUUUCACAAACCUGAAAGACCCCUCCCUCUCUCUCACCCGCCGUCCCUCCGGCAUUCCCAUCCCCACCCGCUCUCCAACCCCCAUCACCACACCCCACAAAUCCCAUUUCCCUCCCCCUCCCACUAGCAACAGUAACAGUAAUCCCGCCAGUCGUCCCGGAAGCGGAAACUCCACACUAGUCAGCAGUACCCAUUCUAUCUUUUCGCUCAAGAGUAAAAUGACGGAUACGGAUGGGAGUAUUACGUCGACGGAGAGUUCGGGGGAAAGGAUGAGUUUACCUGGGAGUCCGGGGCGUGGCGAGACAAAAGAGGGAUUAGGUGAAGGGCUGGGAGAUAGGAGGAUGAAGAUUAAGAAUGGGAAUGAAGGGAGAGAAAGGGAAAAGGAAAAGGAAAAAGAAAGGACGAUUAAACCUACAUGGGCGAGAAUGGUUAUGGGGAAGACUUGAGAGAUGGAUAUGCCGUAAUACCAGAUAAAUACGCAGAUAUAGCAUACAAUCUCUUCCUAAGUCCAACAUCUAAAAUCUACUCCUCCUUGAACCCCCUCCCUCCCCUGAAUCUAACCACCAACAAUCUACCUUUGAAAGCCUUCAACAAUUCAAUUAUUCCAUUUCAACUCAACUCAACUCAACUCCAACAAUUAUACCUACCUAGUUAAACAAUAUUCAAGAAAUCAUUCGAUAUCAUAUCAAUGAUUAUACAAUUUUUACCACUGACUUGAUUGAAUUGAUAUAUCACAGAAUCGACACAU